AAAUUUUAGUCAUAACGUAGGAUUAGUUUAUUUACUAAUAAUAGAUGUUAUACCAUUUUUUGCAUAUAAACUAUUAGUUUAUUUGAUCUAAAUUUCUUUUAGUUUUUUUUGGUGAAGAACAUGUUCUUUAUUGAGGGCUGUACGUGUAUAUGGUCCAAUCUCUCAAUUUUUUUACUUUCUGAACUCCCCACACGAGUAUUCGAUUUAACUUUCAAUAAUUAAUUACUCGUCCUAUAUUUCAUUAUUUAUUUUUUUGGUGCAAGCUCUUAGCUCUAUUUUGUAUAUUUCAUUAUUUAUAAGCUCAAAAGUUCCACAACACCAUAACACCAUAAAACUCCAAAUCCACCACAACUCCAAAAGGAAAAAGAAAAAAUAGUUCCGCAACACCAUAAAACCCAAAAACCGCCCACUUCUACCAUCAAAGAAAGACAACACAGAGAAACGUUCCUCUCUGAAACCAAUCGUGGCUGUAUCUAAAAGAGUUCUCAUUUGUGAUUCUUGAUUGGUCUAAACCUUAAUCAAGAAGAUAUGGUAUGUUUCUGUUUCUUGGUGGAUCAGAAGAGGAAAGUGAAGCGGAGCAAACCGGCGGCAGGAACUUGCUCACGGUGCGGCCAUGGCGCUAGCAUCGCCGACAUGAAGACGUCGACGAGAUUUUGUUUCGUUCCAAUUUACUGGAAAUCUUGGAGAGCCGUUGUUUGCAGUUUCUGUGGCUCUGUUCUUAAGUCCUACCGUUAAAAGAUUUUCCAGUUUAUCAACCACUAGAUUUUCAUUACAAUGUUUAACAUAAUUAUAAAAUAACAUAUAUAUAUGUAUGUGUGUGGGUAGUAUAGAGAUCAUAGGUUUUCUUUUGAAUAAAAUUCUACGAGUCUACAUGCAAGAGGAUUUUUUUGACAUGUUAAAACCUCUUGUAAUUAUUAAACGGAACUAUAUGGGUAGGGUCAUCGUAUAAAUAUAAUUAAUGAGUGUGAAAGUGAUUAGUGUUCUGAAUAUGAUUUUAAUAGUGUAAGAUGUUAUCUAAUUUGUAUAAUUGUUUUCUCGAUUAUUAUAACACAAGAGCUUUUUUUGUUGUUA